AUAAAAGAAACAAAGUGCCAUUAUAAACUAUGCAUUAAAAAUACUGACGGAAACAUAUCUUUACAAGUAGGAUUUUCCAUUGAGAUAUCAAAGUGCUAUUUUAAUAAAUACCUCACGUCAAUCUUUGCAUUGAAGAUUUGGCUACCCCAAGCAACAUAUACCUCUCAUCGUUAUUUUUUUCACUUCAUAAGGUGAUUUAACUCCUUAAGUACUUUCACUGGAGAUUGGAGGUUACAUCGAUUUGUGCAGCAGAAAAAUCUAGAGAAAAUGAAGCAACCACUUCUUUGGACAGCCGUAGCGCUCUCUAUGGUCUUUUGGGUUCAUUCAAAGGGCAUAGCCCAAUAUGAACUUGAAGAUGGCAGCUGUUCUGAAGCGGUUAUAGGAGAUUUGGUACUGCUUCAAUACUCUUCCAGACGUUCGAUACCAGUUCAAGAACGACAAUCAAAGGUGGUUUGGUAUGGCGAUGAAACUUUAUACUGUGUAUUGGUUUUAAGUAAGCAAAAGUCGCAUAGAAAUUCCACUGUUGAAGUGCUAAAAGGUGGAGUGAAUCACACUUUUGUGGAACUCCGGUUACACUCAGAACUUGGAUUCGGUUUUCAAUACUGGGUUAGAGGUUUCGGCAAGAAAGUACAUCCAUUGUAAUUAACAUCUGGCAAGUAAUAACAUAAUAUUAUUCUGUAAAGGGUUGUUUUCUUAUUGUUUCAACUGCAAUACUUAAAUUUUGAGGAGUAUAUACCUAUGUUAUUUUUACACCUACUGAUAAUAAACUAAUUCCAACAUUUCCGUAAAAAA